AUGGCGGGUCCAGAGCAGUCCCAGCAGCAGCAGCAGGUCGAGGAGAAGGCAGAGCCCAUAGAUGAUGCUGAGAUGGCCCUGCAGGGCAUCAACAUGCUCCUGAACAACGGCUUCAAGGAGAGCGACGAGCUGUUCCGGAGAUACAGAACACAGAGCCCUCUGAUGAGCUUUGGAGCCAGCUUUGUCAGUUUCCUGAACGCCAUGAUGACGUUUGAGGAGGAGAAGAUGCAGACGGCCUGUGACGACCUGAAGACCACAGAGAAACUGUGUGAGAGCGACACCGUCGGAGUCAUCGAGACCAUUCGCAACAAGAUCAAGAAGAGCAUGGACUCGCAGAGGUCUGGUGUGACGGUGGUGGAUCGGCUGCAGAGACAGAUCAUCGUGGCGGACUGUCAGGUGUACCUCGCUGUGCUCUCCUUUGUCAAACAAGAGUUAUCUGCUUAUAUCAAAGGCGGCUGGAUCCUGCGUAAGGCCUGGAAAAUGUACAACAAGUGCCACAGCGACAUCUCCCAGCUGCAGGAGGCUUCUCAGCGCCGCUCCUCCGUCCCAGACUCCAUGAGCACAGACAACCACAACCACAGCCCCCAGUCCAGUCCUGACACCAGCCCCCAGCCCAAGGGGGACAGCGUGGUCUCGGACGAGGCCCUGGACCGCCUCAAGGGCUCGGUCAGCUUUGGCUACGGCCUGUUCCACCUCUGCAUCUCCAUGGUCCCUCCUCACCUGCUGAAGAUCAUCAACCUGCUGGGGUUUCCCGGGGACCGGCUCCAGGGGCUGUCCUCUCUGAUGUACGCCAGCGAGAGCAAAGACAUGAAGGCGCCACUUGCUACGCUGGCCCUCCUGUGGUACCACACGGUAGUGCUGCCUUUCUUUGCCCUGGACGGAUCAGACACUCGCGCUGGGCUGCUCGAGGCCAAAGAGAUUCUGGAGAGAAAGUCUUUAGUUUAUCCAAACUCCUCCCUCUUCAUGUUCUUUCGGGGCAGAGUCCACCGGCUAGAGUGCCAAAUCAACAGUGCUUUGGCCUGCUUCCACGAUGCUCUGGAGCUGGCCUCGGACCAAAGAGAAAUCCAGCAUGUGUGUCUGUAUGAAAUCGGUUGGUGCAGUAUGAUAGAGCUCAACUUUGAAGAUGCAUAUCGAGCUUUUGAGCGACUGAAGAAUGAAUCUCGCUGGUCUCAAUGCUACUAUGCUUAUUUGACUGGAGUUUGUCAAGGAGCAGCGGGAGACCUGGAAGGAGCUCACGCCGUCUUCAAAGAUGUGCAGAAGCUUUUUAAACGGAAAAACAAUCAGAUAGAGCAGUUUGCUGUCAAAAGGGCUGAGAGAUUGAGAAAGAUGUCCCCGACGAGAGAACUGUGCAUUCUGGGAGUGAUCGAGGUGCUGUAUCUGUGGAAGGCUUUGCAAAACUGUUCCCCGUCCAAACUGCAGAUUAUGAACCAGGUGUUGCAGCGAGUGGAGGACUCUUCAUGCCGAGGCCUGAAGCACCUACUGCUCGGCUCCAUUCAUAAAUGUCACGGGAAUAUCAGAGACGCAGUUCAGUCAUUCCAGAUGGCUGCAAGAGAUGAAUACGGCCGCCAGAUUAACUCCUAUAUUCAGCCUUAUUCUGUCUAUGAGCUCGGCUGUUUACUACUGGGAAAAGCAGAGACUGUUGGAAAAGGGAGAUCUUUUCUUCUCCAAGCCAAGGACGAUUUCACAGGUUACGACUUUGAAAACAGGCUCCACGUCCGGAUACACUCAGCCCUGGCCUCUAUAAAGGAUGUAGUGCCUCAGUGA